GGUUGCGGCUGUAGGUGCUCAGUCGAAUCUAGCGGCUCUGUGUGACUGGUCGGUGUCAUGGUUUCUCUGCUUUGCUGCGGGCCCAAGCUGGCCGCCUGCGGGAUCGUUCUCAGCAUCUGGGGGGUCAUUAUGCUGGUCCUGUUGGGUAUUUUCUUCAACGUCCACUCAGCCGUACUCAUAGAGGAUAUCCCGUUCACCGAGAGUGACCUCUUUGAUGACAACAAGCCCCCCACCAAGAUGUACGCCCUGUACGAGCAAGUCUCUUAUAACUGUUUCAUCGCCGCCGCCAUCUACGUCGUCCUGGGCGGCUGGUCCUUCUGCCAAGUGCGGAUGAACAAGAGGAAGGAGUACAUGGUUCGCUGAGCAUGCCGCUCCUCCACCGCCGCGGUUGUGUCUCCUUCAUGUAACCCCCCCAACCACUCU